AAGUAGGAGAGAGCGAAUAAGCCCGCACGCCUGCCUCGGUCUCCUUAUUCCUAAUUCGGGAGCGCAAGGCAUGUCAACGCCGCACGUCCCUUCACGGCUGCUGCAUGCGUUCUGAGGGAAGAGUUGGAGCUUGUUUUGGCCAGACGAACGCGAGAUGCAAUGAUGGAUAGCCGGAUCCUCGAGCAUCCUCAUGCCCAAUUUGGAGGCUCUUUGGGAAGCAUGGUUGGAAUGGGUUUCCCCUACCACCUCGGUCAUCAUCAUGUUUACGAUAUCUCCGGACACCAGCUACAGUCGGCGGCCGCUGUACCUUUUUCUAUAGACGGAUUACUUAACGGAUCAUGCUCGGGGUCUGUUGCAAACUCCAACCCAUUGCUUGGAUCUGGUUGUGGUGUAAACGGGGAUAGUCAAUAUAAACUGGGCGAUGGCGGAGACCCCGACAAGGAAAGCCCUGGUUGUAAAAGGAGGCGAACACGUACAAAUUUUACGGGUUGGCAGCUGGAGGAACUAGAGAAAGCCUUCAACGAAAGCCAUUAUCCGGACGUGUUCAUGCGCGAGGCGCUCGCGCUACGUCUAGACCUUGUUGAGUCACGUGUUCAGGUUUGGUUUCAAAACCGGCGAGCCAAAUGGCGCAAAAAGGAGAACACGAAAAAAGGGCCCGGUCGACCGGCUCACAACUCUCACCCCACUACCUGCAGCGGCGAGCCAAUGGACCCAGAGGAAAUAGCACGACGGGAGUUGGAGCGUUUGGAGAAGAAAAAGCGAAAACAGGAACGUAAACUGCUCAAGUCUCAGAACAAGCUCUUAGCCGGUGAGCUCUUCCACACGCCCGGUUCUGACAGCGACAGUGGAGUAUCGCAAAGCACCGAUAGCGAGUCCACUCCGCACACUGGGCCUCAGCAUAGCGCGCACCGGCAGCAGACAGAACAUAUAUGUGAGCAACAUGCACGCCACCAAAGAGCCAGUACGGUCAAUGAGACAGCGGAGCCCAUGGACUCCACACGGAACUCUGGCCUGUGCCCCGCAAACGGCAUCACACGCGCCUCCACGCUCCAGAAACUCAACCCAUUUAGUGUGGAGAGUUUACUAGCCGACUCGAGUCCCAGGAGAAAAACUAUCCUGGAUUUUUCUCAGUUACCGCCGCAGCGACCACUGGUCGGUAAAGGCCAUUUCCUUCUGUAUCCCAUUACCCAGCCGCUGGGUUUCAUUGUGCCACAGACAGCGAUGAAACAGAGUCAUGAUUCAGGAAACUCGGGUCACCACUGUUCCACGACAGACACCUCAACCUCAAACCAGAAAAAUGUCAAUCACUUGUGCAGAGACAACACCGGUGCAAGCGACGAGCUGCAGAGAGAAACCAAGAACUCUUCAAUCCAGUCUCCAAGCACAAGCUCAGAGAAAUGCUUUUCAGAAUCUAACUCGCCACAAAAGGAGUCUGAAAAUGACUCCGAGUCCACUGUCACAAACUCUAGUCAGAAAGAAAGCAUCUCUGCUAACCUGUCUGAAUAUUCUGACAGGAAAAGCCGCAGUUCUGCUGACACAAAUACAGAUGGAGAGGAUGUAGACAUGGACUGAAAUAUAAAUAGGCCAGAAGCAGUGGCGCCAAGUGACUUGUCACAAUCCCAAAGCUGAUAACGACACGUUUUUUUGUAUACAAGACUGUUUGAAUUCACUUUUUCUACUUUCCAGAAACGGAUAUUCUUUAUUCAGGUGAACUGUCUGUCUGUUUCGGCUUAAAAUGUUUGUUCCAGUUCAGUGGCUCUGCUCACUUGAAGGAGCAGGUUAGCUACACGAGCAGGACACACGAACAAAACAUCCUCAAAUCGUUGUAUAAAUGAUAAAGUAUCGAAAAUAUUUAUAUAUGUAUCAUUUUGAUAAGUAAUAAUAAAA